AUGAAAAAAGAUUUGGAUGGUUUCCGGGAGAAGGUUUUCAAACAGCAUUUGAAUUUCGACCUCGGUAAGGAGUCAGCUGCUAGUGCUUCACAAAAUGUUCAGAAUAUCAAAGAUUCUCUCGAUGUUUGGAGAGAUGAGGUUAAAAGUAAAUUAGAUGCCGCUGAUCAGCUGUGUAGGGAAAAUGUUGAUAACAUGACUCCUGAGCAGUACGCUCAAUUAAAAGAAGCACGAAACCAACUGGCUUUGGAAUACGAAAACGUAGUACGCACUGUCGAAGGUGUUUAUGGCCGGCUGAAUGAAAUCACUCUUUUAUUAGUUUCAUUCUCAACAAUGGCUAGUGAAAUACAAUCCUGGAUGACAGACCGUACAAGGCUAGCUGGUGAAAUCAAAGUUAAUAGUGCCGAUCCUAAAUUUAUGGACCAGUCGAAGCAAGAGGCAAAGAAUCUCUUGAACGAAGUAGAAAAUCGCGAGGAAAAGUUGCAGUCUAUUGCCUCUGUUUUGAACAAAUUAGAGACAGAAAUUGAACUGAUGUAUCAAUCUUCAUCUGAUGCGGGCGAGAGGAGUAUUCAUGCUGGGGACGUUAGGCAAAACUUAUAUAGAGUACAGGACGACUACUCUCAGCUAGUAAAGCAAUGUCAAGAUUUGAUACAGUUCCAAAAUCGUCUAAUUUCUCUAGAUGAUGAACUGCAUGAAUCUAACAGAAAACUGGAUGAUCGCAUCUACCAAAUUGAAAAGAAAUUGAUAAAUGUUGAUAAUGUUCAACAUACUCCAGAAGAGAAACUGCAGCUCCUCGAUGUUGUCGGGGGCGCGAGUGAAGAGUUGGAGGAUCUCAUGAGAGAAGCAGAUCAAUCAGUUCUCAGAUUCUUGUUAGCAUUAGAAGGAUCGGGAGUUAGUCAGGAUGUCAAAGAUCAACGAACCUUGGAAUUAGAUGGCAGAAAGAGAAAGCUCAAUCAAUUAUUAGAGAACAUCCAACAAAGCAAAAACAAUGCUGCAGUUCAGCUCAGCGCAAAUGAAGAAAUUAAAGAUGCUGUUAAUAACUUGGCGAAAUGGGUGGAUGACUUUGAGAAGACGGUGUCGCAACCUUUCAGUUUACCGAUGAAGCAAGAGUCUCUCAAUAUUUUAAGCCAUGAAGAGCAGAAGUUACGUUCUGAUAUGGAAAGUAAAAAGGCCACAUUGAACGGAUUGGAAAAUGAGAUAAAAAAAUCAGAAAAUGUUAUUGGAACUGAAGUCGCUUCCAGUUUAAUGGAACUGUUAGAAGAUUCGAAAAGACGUUUGAAGAGAUCAUCCUCUAACUUACAGGGUUUGAGGGAUAAUAUCAACGAUGCUCAUGAAGGAGUUCAAUCCCUUCAGAUAGCCAAUGAGGCCCUCAAUGAAAACUGUCAUAAUGCAUUCUCGGCCAUCAAGAACACGAAUCCAAAUGACCGUGUUCGUCUUAACUCAUGCAAUGAUGAUGUGGAGGCUCUCAGCAAGCAACUCAGCGGAAUAAACAACACGGUCAAACAACUGUUGAAUCUACCACACGCGACAGAAACUGACGAUAUCGAAGAAAUUGCUAAGAAAGCUAAUGAUAACGUGGAGCAAGUUAGAAAUGAGCUUGAACUAAGGGAAGCCAAGCAUGUUGAGAAUGCCAAGUUGGAAGAUAAGCUGCUCGAAACUAAGGAGAAAACUGCUGAUUGGAUUGGAUCCAUUGAUGCGAAGUUGAUGGAACUGAAACCUGUGUCGAUUCUUUCAGACAAAUUGCUAACCCAAAAGGAUGAAUGUGCUUCUUUAGCAGACGAACAUAAUGAAGGUUUAUCUUUGCUCCAAGAGCUAGAAAAUAUUGUUCUGACUCUAUCCGAAUCAGAAGCCGGUGGGCGGAACUCAAUUUAUCCUCGCCAUGUUUUCGAUUUGGUCACUCGUUACAAUGCUCAGAAAGAAGCUCUUCGCAACAGGAUGAACAAAAUCAAAGGAAAUGAGAAGAAAGUUCAUGAGUUAGCCGAAAAACAAGAAGAAUUGCACAGUUUCAUUGAGUUGCAAGACAGCCACAUGAAAAAAUAUCCACUGCCAAAUGAUAAGAUUGAACUGAAGGAUGCUAUUGAGCUUUUGAAUGAAGUGGAGAAUACAACGCGCAAAGAGCAAAAAAAUUUAGAAGAAGCUCGGUUGAACGCGAGAGAACUGACUCGAUCAUCUAGUAUGGACGAAGAAUGUGAAUUAGUGAAUAAAACCGAUGAGAAAUUGUCUGAAGCUUGGAAUAAUUUGACUGAUAAUAUUCAUGGUUUCCGACAACGAACAGCUCAAGCAGAACAGCUAUUGGACGGCGGACUAGAUGAGUCUUAUAAAGCACUCUUGGGGUGGCUCGAUGAGACAGAAGAGAUUCUGAAAAAUCAGAAAAAGCCAUCGCCUGAUGAAAAAGUUGCCAAAGCGCAACUUCAAGCUUAUGAUGUUUUGUUGAAAUUCAUUGAAGAAAAAGAAGCUAACGUCAACGGGUUCUCUACAUUAGCUGGGAAAUUCAUAGAAUUUACUCCUUCUCCUGUCGAAAAAACUAAUUUAAAACAGAGGGAGGAAUCGAUUCGUAAAAGAUAUCAUGAUCUUCUACAAGGAGCGCAGGAAAAGCAAGCAGCACUUAUGGAAGCUGUCGACUUAGCGGAAAGAUUAACUGAAUGUGUAAUUCCAUUAGAUAACUGGUUGUCUAAGACGGAGAAAGCUGUACAAUCUUUGGCUGUGUUUCCUACAGACCCAGAAAAAGCUUCCCAAAAACUAGAGAGCCACCAACAAAUAGCGGAAGAAGUUAAAUCAAAAUCAGCGGACGUCAACACUGCGCUAUCGAUACUGCCUGUUCUAAAAUCAUUGGUCAAUACUGAAGAUGCUGCUCAACUAGAAAAAGAUUCGGCUAUACUCAAAACCCGCUUCGAUUCAUUAAACACUCGCGUUGAAUCCAUGAGAGACAUGAUGCAUGAUUUGGCUACUCAAGUGGGCGAUUUUGAUCAUGAUGCGAACGAAUUACUGAAAUGGCUAUCAGAAACCGAAAAUAAACUUUCAGAGAUGGAUGAGUUAGCUAUAGAACCAGACGAUCUGAUGGAACAAUGCAAUCUACUCUCGGAUCUGGCGGAGAGUAUCACUGACCAUGAUGAAAUGGUUAUGGCCGUGAUACAAGUCGGACAAGUUUUAUGUAAACAAGCAAGUCCUGAAGAUACCGUGAAUGUACAGAACAGGCUGAGUAACUUGAAGAUAAGGUAUCAGGGUUUGAUGUCUUUAGCGGAUGAUAAACUAGCAGCAAUAUCCAAAGCCGUUCCUCUUUCUCAAAGAUUCCACGAAGGUUUCGAUGCUGUGAUGCAAUGGGUUGAAGCAGUCGAAGAAGAUUUACAAAACGUGGAUGAUGCUGAUGUUGAAACUCAAGCUCAUCUUAUUUUCACCAUCGAAGAAGACGUAACACGUUGGAGGCCAGAAGUAGACGAUCUCGUUGCAUAUUCCAGACAGCUUCAGUCAUUAUGCAGUCCUGAAAGGGCUGAAGAGCUCUAUCAAAACACCGGUGAAAUGAACAAAAGAGUUCAUGAAAUUUCUAAUAAGGUUGCAAGACGUGCAGAACGGUUGGAUAUAACAGAAAGGCAAUCUAGAGAGGUGUUAGAUGAACUGGAGUUUCUCAUUGAAUGGCUACAAGACGCUCGUGAGAGAGUAGUUACUGCGCAACGCCCAUCUAUCGACCCCGAGUUCGUGAAAAUUCAGUUGAGAAAUCAGAAAAUUAUGAAUGAAGAUGUAACAGCCAAUAAGGCUAAACUCCGUGAGUUAGUCUCUGAGGCCAAGAAAGUUAUCCGCCAGCUCGGGCCAGGUGGAGUAGAAAAUCCGAGUUUUUCUGCUUUGAACGACAAAUGUGAAACUGGAAAACAUCUAGUCGACGAUGUUGCCUCCUUCUGCAUGGACCGAACUGAUUGUUUAGAACAGGCAGUAGCUCUCCUCGCUCAACUCACAUCUGAAUUCGAUGAGCUAUCAAAUGCUGUUGAUCAGAUUGAUGAUGAGUUGAGAGCAGCCCCGGAAAUUAUGACCACAACCCCAUCAGUGGAGCUGAGAAGAAUGCAUAAUCACAACUCUGAGCUUAUAGGAGCUCUGACUGCCUACAAACCUUUAGUGGACCGGUUUUCAUUGGACGUGGUAUCUAUGCAAGAGCUUUGCUCUGAGCAUGAAGCAAUGAAAUUAGGAGAACUAGCUGAUGAAUUCAAUUUAAAGUAUCAUGAAGUUUUCGAUGCCGCCAAAAAGCGAGGGGAAGUUCUCGACAGUAUAUUCGAGGCGACCAGUGGUUUCGGGGAAAGACUAGAAAAAUUCGUAGAGAAUCUUCAAGGAGCUGCAGAUAAGCUUAAGGAAAACAGCUAUGUAUCAGCUGACCCAACUGUGCUCGAAGCAAAACUGUCUGAAAACAUGGCAGUUCUAGAAAGCUUGAGAGAUAAGGAAGGGACAUAUUCAGCUCUUAAAGAGAGUGCUGCCGAACUUUUAUCCAGUGCUCCUCAAGGAGAUAUGGCUGCACAGGACGUUGUUGACAAACUUGGCCGACUCGAAAAGCUAUGGAGAGAUAUAGAAGAAGAAGCUGUUUCUAGAGGAAGCUUUUUGAACGACGUUCUUAGCAAAGCAAAAACGUUCUGGAGCGAAUUAGACCAAUGUCAAAAAGCAGUUGAUGAUUUGCGUGUUCGUUUGGAAGCUGUGGAACCUGCCAUUGGUCAACCGGACCAAAUCCAACAACAACAAGCAGUUAUGAAUGAAGUCGCUGGUGUUAUGUCUACAACUGGCCCUAGAAUAUUAUCAUUGUGUGGGGCAGGAUCAGCUCUAUCAGAUGUCAUCGCGCCCGAGGAACAAGUAAUUAUUAGAACUCAGGUUGAUGCUGUUCAAGAUAAUUGGGGGACUAUCACAAAAUUGUUUGCUGAAAAGAAUCGAGAUUUGAUAGUCGCUAUGGAGGAAGCGAUGACUUUCCAUGAUGAUCUAGCAGGUCUUUUGGAAUGGUUGAGCAAAGCUGAGGCUUAUGUACAUACUCUCAAACCUGCCGAUAACCUACGAGUUGAUGAAAUUCCUGCUGAAUUAGAAGCUUUACAUCGUUUCAAAGAUAAUGUUGAUGAACAAGCUCUAGUUAAAGAGCAACUCGCUCAUACAGCUACUCAAUUAGCUAGUGGCGCACCCCCACUCCAUGCAGCUGCCGUGCGUCAACCCAUUAGCGAUUUGAAUGCUAGGUGGGCCAAGUUGUAUGGUGCUCUGGCUGAUCGUGAGCAUAAGAUUGAAAAAGCAUUGCUUCAAAUGGGUCGAUUGUCUGAAGCUGCAAAUCAGUUGAUUGCUUGGAUUGAUCAUACUCGUGUUUCCUUGGGCGAAUUGAAAGAAGGCGAAGCAACAAACUUGAGACAAGUGGAAAUAAAGCUUUGUAAGCUUGCUGUCAUAAAAAAUGACGUCCACUCGCAUGAACAAAGUGUAAAUACAUUGAACUCUGCUGCGCAACAUCUUAUCAAAGAGGAAUCUAAUUCAGAAAUCGCCAGUAAAAUGGAUUCAUUGAAUCAGAAAUGGAGAGAUUUACAUAGUGACCUACAAUCCUUAGCGGAUCAAAUUGAAAAAGCCAGAGGUGAAGCUGAAAAUGUAGGCGGAGAGUUGGAAAGAUGGUUAAGUUGGCUAGAAGAUGUUGAACAUCAACUAUCCACUACGAAACCGACGGGAGGCUUACCCGAAACUGCUGAAGCUCAACUGGAUGAUUUCCGAGUACUCCGUGCUGAAGUUGAACAAAACUGUUCCGCACUGGAUGAAUAUUUGCGAGAAACGGAGAAAUAUUUAUCCGAUCACGGAAACGAUCGCGAAUCUUGGAUCGGAAAGAGUUAUGGUCAAAUGAAAGUGAAGUGGAACCGAGUGAAGGAGUUAUGUGUUGAUCGGGAGAAAAAGCUUCAAGUCGCUUUGAAUGAAGCAAUUGCCUUACAUGAAGCUAUGUUAGAAUGCGAUCAAUGGUUGAACGAAGCUGAGAAAAAACUUACUUCACUUCUACCUGUAAGUCGUAUUCUCGACGUUGUUGAAGCACAAUUGGAAGAGCACGAACUAUUCUCAGAAGAAGUGAAUGAAAGAAAACAAAUCCUUGCUGAUCUACGGGCAACUGGAACUCGUCUACAGUAUUAUUGUGAGACAAAAGAUGCAAUUCCUAUAAAAAAUGGACUUGUUACAAGAAAGCAUCGUUUUGAAAAAGUUUUAAACCGUUCAACGGAGAGAGGAAAGCAACUAACCAUAGCAGCGGAAGAGGUCAGAACAUGGAUUUCUGGAAUAGAAAGUUUAGAAAAUUGGAUGGAUGACGUGGAAGAAAGAUUAGCGGAAGAGUCUCCUUCCACCAGCAGUGUGGAUCGUCUGAAGCUCCAAUUGGACAACAUCGUUGAAAUUCAAGAAGAAUUGGCUGACAGACAACCACAGUAUGAAAUUUCCAAAAAGAGAGGAUCCAACCUGGCUGACCAUGCUCCAAAGGCUGAUGCUAAGCUGAUAAACUCAAGGAAUAAUGCGUUAACAAAACGUUGGAAAGCGUUGACUGCUCUCUGCCUGGAAAAACAACGCGAAGCCGAGCAAGCCGUUAUUGAAGGUGGUGCUUUCGAUGAGGCCAUGGUGAAAUUAGAGCAAUGGAUCGACGACGAAAUGCAACGUCUCAAGGCUGAAGACAGUGAUAAGGUGUAUGGAGAUUUGCCAACAGUUCGUUCUUUACUAGAAGCAGAAGCUAAUAAAGCAGCUGAAAGACAAUCAAAACAUCAAGGUGUGGAAAGUGUUUUGAAGAAAACAAAAGACUUAUUAGCCAAAGGUGUUGAUGAGGCUCCAGCUGUACAAGAGUCUGCACAAAGGCUCCAUGAAAAAUGGCUAGAAUUGGAUGAAGCUGCAAAGAAAAGAUCGGACUCAUUGAAGAAUGCCGAAGAAUUAGCAUCGGAGUUUGAUCAUAAAGCACAUUCUCUUCUGGAUUGGCUUGCACAUAUGGAAACAAAGCUUAAGAAACCUAUUGAUGAUGUUCAAUCAUCAUUGGCUGAAGUGAACGAAAUCAAGAAAGAUAUGGAUAAAGAGCAUCCUAAUAAGGAUAGUAUCUUAGCUCAGGGUAACACCAUUCGAGAAAAAUGCCAUCCAAAGGCAGAACAAAAUGUAAAACAUUGGAUUCGCGUUCUUGAUGGGCGAUGGAAGGAAGUUGAGGAGAAAUUGAGCGAUCGCGAGUUCAAUUUACUCGAGGAAGAGCAGAACGAGAAAGAUUUGGAAGAAAAACUGAAAGAGCUGCGUGGUUUCGUUACCACUAAACGGAAUGAUUUGAACGAAAUGACUUCCCAUCCUUUGCCAAAUGAUUUAGAAACUUUGGACGCUAUGCAGAAGAAUCACGAGCAUCUUGAUUUUGAUCUAAGAGAGCGACAGCCAGAUAUUGAGAACGCCACGAAGUCUGUGAGGAAAAAUAUGAGAAAUCCAGUCGUUGAUCAGUUAUCUUCCGAUUGGAAACAGUUAUGGAUUGAAUCGAUGGGACAUCAGGCUGCUUUAGAUAAACAGAGAGAUCUUUUGAAUGAACUUAAACGAUUAGAAGGAUGGAAAUGGGAAGACUGGAAAGAACGUUAUGUGGACUUUAAUGACCAUGGAAAGGCUCGGGUCACUGAUCUUUUCCGCAGAAUCGAUAGAUCGCACACAGGCAAAGUUCCGAGAACUGUUUUUAUCGAUGGCAUAAUUGCAAGCAGAUUUCCAACUUCAAGACUAGAAAUGGAGAAGGUGGCUGAUUUGUUUGACAAAGAUGGCCUUAUCGAUUCGAAACAGUUCAUAAAUGCUCUAAGGUUCGAUCUAGCAAAUCGCGUUCGAGAGCCUGUGACAGAUAACGAGAAGAUCAACGAAGAAAUUUCUCGACAGUGCAAAGUUUGCAGUUGUUGUAAGCCUUAUGUGAUUGAGAAAAUCACAGAUGGACAUUACAGAUUCGGUGAUACCCAAAUCAAACGAAUGGUGCGAAUUCUCCGUUCCACAGUCAUGGUACGCGUUGGAGGAGGAUGGGAAUCCUUAGAAGAGUUUUUAGGCAAACAUGAUCCUUGUCGCGCGAAAGGUCGUUUGAAUAUAAACCUUCUGUAUAAGGAUGUGGCUCCAUCGCACGCUAUUGAUACUAUGCGAGCCUUCACGAAAAACCGUCAUCAACGUGGAAGCACCGAUAUGACGAAUAUUCCUGGUCCAAUCAUGAAAGUUCGAGAGAAAACGGAACGAAGUCUACCGAUGUUCCCUCACAGGCAUGAAAGAACUCCGAGUGAUCUGAGCAUAGGUGGAGAAUCGAUUACUGGAAGAGAGUCGAGAAUUGCUCGACCUUCAUCAAGAAACAGUUUGAGUAGAAACAAAAUUUGA